CACACUCUCAUCAUUACCCACCGCCGCUAAACCAAUUCCUCCCCGCGCCCCUCCUCAAUUCGACCGUUGCCCAGCCUUCCCGCUCCCUUCUUCUUCACGCCCUCUCUCAUUCCUUCCUUCCGCCAAUUCAAAUCCACCACCCACCACCUAGUUGUCAACGAGAAAGAUCCGGCGGCGGCGAUGGAGAAGUACGAGAAGCUGGAGAAGGUCGGGGAGGGCACGUACGGCAAGGUGUACAAGGCGCGGGUGGCGGGCACGGGCCAGCUGGUGGCGCUCAAGAAGACCCGCCUCGAGAUGGACGAGGAGGGGAUCCCGCCCACCGCGCUCCGCGAGAUCUCCCUCCUCCGCCUCCUCUCCUCCUCCCUCUACGUCGUCCGCCUCCUCUCCGUCGAGCAGGUCACCAAGCCAUGCGGCAAGGCCGUGCUCUACCUCGUCUUCGAGUUCCUCGACACCGACCUCAAGAAGUUCGUCGACGGCUUCCGCAAGGGGCCGUCGCCAAAGCCGCUGCCCACGCAGGUCAUCAAGAGUUUCUUAUACCAGUUAUGCAAAGGAACUGCGCAUUGCCAUGCCCAUGGUGUCCUUCACCGGGAUUUAAAGCCACAAAAUUUGCUGGUUGACAAGGAGAAAGGGUUACUGAAAAUUGCAGAUCUUGGGCUAAGUAGAGCUUUUACUGUUCCAAUGAAAAGUUACACCCAUGAGAUUGUGACGCUCUGGUAUAGAGCUCCUGAAGUUUUACUUGGCGCAACACAUUACUCAACUGGUGUUGACAUUUGGUCCAUUGGUUGCAUCUUUGCUGAAAUGGUCAGAAGACAAGCUCUUUUUCCUGGUGACUCAGAGUUGCAACAGCUGCUUCACAUUUUCAGGUUGUUGGGAACUCCUACUGAAGAGCAGUGGCCUGGAGUAUGUUCUCUGAGAGACUGGCACGAAUAUCCACGCUGGCAGGCACAGAGUUUGGCACGUGCUGUUCCAACAUUGGAGCCUGAAGGACUUGACCUGUUAUCGAAAAUGAUUCAGUUUGAUCCAGCAAAUAGGAUCUCAGCUAAAGCCGCCAUGGACCAUCGCUACUUCGACAGCCUCGACAAGUCCCAGUUCUAGCUGUUGCUGUCUUUUGCUUUGGCCAUGAAGCGGGGAGAUUUGCUUGCCAUCUAGGCAACCUGAUCUUAAGUUAUCAGCUAACAGUUUUGUUAGUGAGCGUAUAACCGAUGUGCCUAUCUUUUUAUGUGAUUGUUGUAUGGAUUCGUGAGGUCGAAACCUGAACUGCCACUCAGUAAACUAUUCAGUUACUUUGCGAUGUUAUCUCAUUUUCUGCUGAUGUUCUUCUUUA